UUGGGCCUUUCAGGCUGAGAUGUAAUUUCGUCGGCUUUGUUCUUGGUUAUUGGUUGCCAUGUCGAUUCUGUUUUGUGAUGAGGACGAGGGAAUAGAAGAUUGUUGGGUUCUGAAGAAAUUUGAGAUUGGUAGUGCAAUCGUUUGUUAAGGUGGUAAGGAAUACAGGCACCCUUGUUUUUACAUGGCUGACGCAGCUGCAAUAGUUGAUACCAUUGGAUCCAGGUUUAGUUCGCUGGAACUCAUUGGGAAGGGAUCCUUUGGUGAUGUAUAUAAAGGGUUUGACAAAGAGCUCAACAAAGAUAUUGCAAUUAAAGUUAUUGAUUUAGAAGAAGCAGAGGAUGAAAUUGAAGACAUUCAAAAGGAAAUUUCAGUGUUGCAACAGUGUCGAUCUCCAUACAUUACUGAGUACUAUGGGUCCUAUCUCCACCAAACCAAACUAUGGAUAAUCAUGGAAUAUAUGGCUGGCGGAUCUGUUGCUGAUCUAAUUCAAUCAGGACCUCCACUGGAUGAGAUGUCUAUAGCAUGCAUCUUACGUGACUUGUUGCAUGCCAUCGAAUACCUCCACAAUGAAGGAAAAAUUCACAGAGAUAUUAAAGCUGCGAACAUUUUAUUGACAGAGAAUGGAGAUGUUAAGGUUGCAGAUUUUGGUGUUUCUGCUCAACUAACACGAACAAUUGAUAAAAGAAAGACAUUUGUAGGAACACCAUUCUGGAUGGCUCCAGAAGUCAUUCAAAAUUCAGAAGGAUACAAUGAAAAGGCAGAUAUCUGGUCUUUGGGGAUCACUGCAAUUGAGAUGGCUAAAGGGGAGCCUCCAUUUGCAGAUCUACACCCAAUGAGGGUUCUUUUCAUCAUACCGCGAGAAAACCCGCCACAGCUGGAUGAGCACUUUUCCCGUCCUAUGAAAGAAUUUGUUUCCCUGUGUUUGAAGAAGGUGCCUUCUGAGAGACCCAGUGCUAAGGAACUUCUAAAGCAUCGUUUCAUUAAGAAUGCCAGAAAAGGUUCCAGGCUUUUGGAAAGAAUAAGGGAGCGUCCAAAAUUCCAAGUAAAAGAAGAGGCAGAAACCCCAAGAGAUGGUUCUAGUGCAUUUGGAGAUGCCUCUGGCACUGUGAAGGUUACCAGGGAUUUAAGGAAUGAAGAAACUGUUAGAGCUAGGGAGCAUCCAAAAUUCCAAGUAAAGGAAGAGGCAGAAAGCCCAAGAGAUGGCCCUAGGGCAUUUGGAGAUGCCUCUGGCACUGUGAAGGUUACCAGGGGUUUAAGGAAUGAAGAAACCGUUAGAGCUAGGGAGCAUCCAAAAUUCCAAGCAAAGGAAGAGCCAGAAACCCCAAGAGAUGGUCCUAGGACAUUUGGAGAUGCCUCUGGCACUGUGAAGGUUAACAGGGAUUUAAGGAAUGAAGAAACUGUUAAAGCUAGUAAUGAAAUAUCCCUGAAGAAUGAUGGAUGGGACUUCAGCAUGAGCAGAUCACAGGGUACAGGGACCAUCCGCAGUGCUGUAAAGCCACCUCCGAUUGCUGGAACAAGAGAAAAAAGAUCAGAAACCUUAUAUAGUCAGAGUCCCACUAGAAAAAUUGCAGACAGAGGUAAUCAAUGGUCAUUUGCAUCUGCAAAUUCUAGUCAUGAAUCAUCAGAAGCUUCCUUGGAAAAGGAUAGUAGUGAGCAAGAUGAUGAUGAACUAGAGGAGAAUUCUCGUGAAAAUGGGCAAGUAUCAGUGUGUGAUUCAGGAACUGUUGUCGUACGAUCUCCAAGGAUAUUGCAGGCAUCAACCCCAUUUAGUGAGCAGAGUGCCUUGUCUAGCAAUAGAUAUGCUUCUUUUGAGGAUGUAUCUUCUAGUGGGACUGUUGUUCUCCGCAGCCAGCAUGAUGCCUCUGAUUCUCCUCGGACUCCAAAAUCCAGAUUGGGGGUCCAAGAGAAAUCUUCUAGUACAUCACUUGAAGACAGUGCAAAAAACCUUGCUGAGGCUAAGAUUGCUAUUCAAGGUGGUUUAAGGAAAGCAAAUGCUAGAGAGAGGUCUGUGUCGGGAAAACUCAACAAAGAUGGGAAAGAAAGUAGAAUUACAGAAUCCCCAAACAACUUUGUUUCCUCUAGACAAUCUCACGAGUACUUUGAUGCACAAAAAGAUUUUCCUAGAUCUUGUCAAGGAAGUGAUGAUGAAGAGAAUGUAAAAAUUUCUGCCGCCGCUGCAGCAUCUCCUGCAUUAUCAGUUUUACUUCUUCCUUCAUUGAAAGAGGCUAUUGACAAUGAUUUAAAAAGGCCUGUUCAACACUCUGUGGUAGAUUCACUUAUGGAGCUGGAGUAUCUGAAGCCUGGUUCUUGUGAAGCCCUUGUCAGCAGGAUUCUUCAGCGGCUGGGAAGCUCAAAGGAAUCUUCAAUGAGGGGACUCCAGGAACUUGCAGCUAGCAUCUUUACAAAAGGAAAAAUGGCUACUCGACAAUCAGAAAAUGCAAAUGCAGAAGCUAUGAACAGGAAGAAACAGCACAAUAUGGAACUCCCUGGGAACCAAAAUUUAAGCCCGCUUGCAAGGUUCCUUGUUGCAAGGUGGCAGGGUCAGAUUUCACAAGAUUUAAGUCCAAUCUAAGACAAAGUUUUGAUCUGAUAAGUGGAUUAAUGUUUUUCCUCUUAUAUUGUAUAUUUAUUUUGAUUUUUAAUGUACAUAUCAUCUUUUUUUUUUAAAGAAGAAGACAGGAAUCUUGUAUUUUUUUGCCUUCUUCUCAGCAGCAAAAUUGCUGUAUAAUUAGUGGGGUUUUUUUAUUCAUCCUUUUGUUUUUGUUUGUUCAUUUUCCAUUUAUCAAUUCUAACCUCCUAAUUGGUGAUUAAUAUGUAUGAUGACAUUUUUUGAAGUUUGCUGUAUCGGAAAGGGGACAAAACAGAGGUUGGCCCUCCCUAUUCAUAGCUGACCACGGAAUUAGCUGUUUUUGCUAGCUUACUGUAUUUAUAUUAUUUUUUUUUCAGUCUGUAAUAAUACGUUCAAGUUUAACAAGAGAUUAGUUGUUGAUUCUGAAUUCUUUCCAAGUUCCCAACUUUCUUAGCUUCA